AUGUCUCCUCAACACCAACAACAGCAACUUGUAAAACAAAUAAUGAAAACGGGAGCUAUUAAUAUGCUAUUUAAGAAUGGAAAGAGAGUACAAGAGUUUGAUGCAUCAACCAAUGCUUCGGACUUUCUUUUAAAUUUUCCAAGAGGAGCGUACACAACCAUGAGAACGCUUCAUAGACAUUCCGUAUUUCAACUUAAAUUUCAUAUUCAUCGAUUAAUAUACAGCACAACAAAGAUGAUUGCAGAUGAACAUUUGGAUAUUAGCAAGAAAUCACCAAAUUCCGAGUUAUUAAUUGAAAAUUAUAAUAAUACUAUCAAAGACAAUAAUAGAAUUGGAAUGUAUCCUCUUUCCUUGUUGUCCUCAGUUGAUACUAGUAACAAUGAAACGCAUGAAUUGUUUCUUGAAGAAUCAAUAAGAAUUUUAUCGCAAGAUAUUUGCGAAUAUUAUAACAACGUGGACGCCAUAGAUCCAGUACAAAUAUUGGCAGAAAGUUGUCCAACUGCUCCAAUGGAUGAGCUUAAAAUUACAUUACUCUUGGUUUGGUAUCAUCAUCAAAUCUCAUCAUCAGGAGACGACUUUGAAAACGAAAUGAAUAUCUCUACAACUUUUGAUUUAUAUUCUCAUAUUACAAAACUUGGUGAGAGGCCCUCAAAACCAGUACUUGUAGACCUUUUACCUGGUAGUAGAUGUCAUCUUGGAAACGCAAAAGAUAGUAUUUGGAUUACUGAACGAAAUGCAUUGUAUGAACGUAAAUCGAAAGAUUCUAACGAAGUGAUCAUGUGUGAAAGCAAUGGAAUUGUUAGAGAAGGACUUAGCUCCAACUUUUUCAUUGUCAAUUCCUCUAAUCAAGUGGUAACUGCUAAAGAAGACAUUCUAUUUGGAAGUGUACGUGGAUUAUUAAUUCCAACAAAAGAUCAAGCUGAAAACAUUAUUGAAAAUUCAGGAGCUCAAAACGACUCUUUUGAUAAUACUGUCCUUAAACCUGAAGAAUAUUGUGAAGAAAAUCCUAACUUGGCAGAUAUGUUAACAUGGAAAGAAGCUUUUAUCACCAGCACUUCAAGACUGGUUUUGCCUAUCAGGGUGAUGAACAUUGCAAAAGAAUGCAUUGAUGAAAUCCUUCCUACUGAAAGAGCUCAGAAAAUUAAGGAAAGCGGAAGACUGAAGGACUGUGGAACGUACUACUCUUUUACUUUUGAAAGCACACAAUUUUCUGAAAAUCUAAAUCGGUUGCUGAUCAGCAAAAUGCAAACAAUGAGUAUUAAGGUAGUGACCUCUGAGAGUGCAUGCAAUUGA